CGCCCCCUGUUUUCCGAAUUCAGGGGUUUUGCCAGAUCUGAGCAUGGGUAGAGUAUAUAAGUAUAUUGGACAGCUGUUAGAGAGAGAACAGCGAUACCGACUUCUAUCAUCUGUGGACAAGUAUCACAUUGUCAACACAAUAAGAUCUCGUACCCAAGUUCACCCACGAGAAUUAUAAAGCACCAUGUUGAUCGUUGUUGCCUUGGUACUCCUGGCCACGCUGCUCUACUUCAAUGUCAGGAAGCCAGAGGGAUUUCCACCAGGACCACCCCGGUACCCAUUCAUCGGCUACCCGUUCCUCGAGAAGCACUUGGUCCACAAGCACAUGUGGCGUCUCUCUGACACAUACGGACCGGUCGUCGGCAUCUACUUCGGUCCGCAACGAACCGUUAUUGUCAACGGAUGGGAGGCCGUUAAAGAGGCGCUGGCCAACGAGGACCUCAACGGACGUCCGGACAAUGUCUUCAUCAGAUAUCGAGACGGCGGGGAAGUAAAAGGCGUCAUGUUCACCGAGGGAGAACUUUGGAAGGAGCAGCGCAGGUUCUCCCUCCAUAACUUCCGCAAUUUGGGAUUCGGGAAGCGCUCCCACGAGGCCGUUAUCCACGAGGAAGUCGAGGAGCUCAUCAAAGAAAUCGAAGGGACAGACAAAGGCGUCAGCUUACAGGUGAAGCUGGGAGUGUCUGCGACCAACAUCCUUUGGGCACUCAUGGGCGGAGUCAGGUUCCAAAGGAAUGACCCGAGGUUGAUCGAUUUGGUCGAGAGCCUGAACAAAAGUUUCAGGGCUGGAGAGGUGGCUGGAUCCAUCGUGGACAUCAUCCCUGCAAUACGUCACAUCCUGCCAAAGGACGCCAAUUACAGCGUUGUCAUGGAAGGCAUGAAUAAGGCGACAGCUUUCAUUGCGGAAUCAGUGGAAGAGCACAAAGCAACGCUGGACACAAGCAGCCCGAGAGAUUUCAUCGACAUGUUCUUGACUGAGAUGCAGAGGCAAAAGGGCGAUAAGGAAACAACAUUCAAUGAGAAACAACUUGUGGCACUGUGUUCCGACAUCUUCUCCGCGGGGUCAGAGACCGGUUCGUCUUCAGUGUCCUUCGCGAUACUGUUUUGCGCUCUGCAUCCAGACGUCAUGAACAGGAUCCACGAAGAGCUGGACUCCGUCGUGGGUCGGGACCGACUUCCUUCGCUGGACGAUCGUCCACAGUUAGUCUACACUGAAGCCGUGUUAACUGAAAUGCUUAGGUUGCGUGGCGCUGCACCGCUUACAGUACCACAUUGCACUAUGAGAGACACCAAGCUCCAGGGUUACAACAUUCCUGCACGGACGAUGGUGAUGGUGAAUCUGUACAGCAUCCAGAUGGACAGGCAAUACUGGGGUGACCCAGAGAACUUCCGGCCCGAAAGGUUCUUGAAUCCGGACGGGACCCUGAGGAAGGACGAACGCAUGAUUCCUUUCGGAAAAGGACGUCGGGUGUGUUUGGGAGAGUCCUUGGCCCGGAUGUCACUGUUCCUCCUCUUCACGGGCUUAAUGCAGAAGUUUUUCUUCACAAUCGAUCCCUCUGUCCACUUCCCAGACACAGAGGGCAAAGGAGGAUUCACUCUGGGUCCUCCAGACUUCAAGGUCUUCGCCAAGAGUAGAUUCUGAAGGUGUGGACGCUAGGAAUUCCUACUCCAAUAUUUCCCCUCUUCCAGGAUUAUUUUCCAGGAUUCUCUUCCAGAAUUUUUCCUAGGAUUCAUGUUCUUCUAGCUCUGUGUCCUUUGAGAGCAGUGCACUAUAUCAUAUCCUUUGCAGGAAUCAUUUAUCUUUUUUUUUUUUGUUAAGUGAUUAUGGCAUCGCUAUACUGACGUUAGGUUUUCCCCUCCCGACGGCCUCUAAUGGAACCAUGAGAUAUCUGACAGGGUUAUCUUGUAUUAUUUUGGUUGCCUACACAGAAAUAAUUGUUUUCGUUAUAUCUAUGUGUUCAUUAAAUUUGUUUAUACUCAUUGAACCUAUGAGACAAAUUCCUAUUGCAUGAUGAAGAAUUUGUUAUAUUUGUAAUACUUGAGCACAUGAAACCUGUAACCCUCCAAGUUUGUUAAUUAACUAAGAACAUACAAUUCCAUUGUUGGUAUAGGAGAAGAAUGUAAAUGUGAGGCUCGCAGGGUUACACCUGUUAAUAUAAUAAAAUCUUUAUGUUUCCUUGUUGAUACAGGAAAAGUAACGAGGAUGGAUGCUUACCUCACAUCUUUUGUAAAUAAAAAUUGAAAUUGCUGAA